AUGCCCUUCUACCAGAUGCUAUGUAUCACCGCACAUUAUCCAGAAUAUAAACACAUCAAGGAGCUGGUCCAGCAGACUGCCAUGCAUGUCAUGAACAAGGGCGGUGUAGUGAGGAGGUUAAACUCCUGGGGAACGCUUCCUCUUCCACAGCGCAUGCGGCGGCAUCAAGCGUAUCACCAGAUUGGAGACUACUGGACCAUGCACUUCGACGCAUCACCACGGACACUAAAAGAGCUUGACUCCCUCAUGAAACGUGAUCCACGAGUCGUACGCUGGACAAUGCUCAAGCUCGGAGACAAAGUAGAGGAUGUUGUGACUCCACCGUCGAAGACCACACACCGAUACUAG